AUGGCUUACUGCUGUCUCUCUCGGUAUCGAUCGGACGCUACCCCCCAAGAGAGCAUCGAACAUACGGGCAAGCUCCUCGACAGCUUCUACGACUCUCCCACCUGUCCGAACGACAACGCCAUCUUUCGUAGCAAGUCAGAGGCGUUGUUCACGCUUGGCGUCGUUAGCACUAUACUUAUGGGCUACGACCCGAUCAUCGAGCGGCAAUGGGACAAUCACAUAGCCCGGGGCUCGGGCAAGUGGCCUGACCUCACGUCCAGCCGUGUCCAGUCCCUCUUUCAAGCCAUGCGGAAGACAGUGUCGGGGCUGACCGAAAAGGCGCUGGGCCGGCCUCUGUUAUGUGAUACUGAUCAAUGGCAACGUUUUACCGCCGGGGGUGGCUUCUCACAGUCAUUCACGAGCAGCGGCCCCGUUUACAUUAUAAACUUACUGGCCGAGGAUCCUAACUACAACGGAGCUGAUGAUGGGGGGGAUGACACCAUCAGCCGUGACCGCGACCCCAUCUUCAUUAACUGGACGAGCAACACGAUGGCCGCGACAGGCAAUGCAGAUCGCUUUAGGUACAACAAUAGCAACAAUGGGGGCAACAAUGGGGGCAACAACGGUGGCAACAACGGUGGCGGAGUUAACUGCGAGUUGUGUAUCGAUGUUCGGUUCAGCAAGCAGACGACUAUCAGCACGGUCAGGUUCGUUACUGAACACGUGGUGGAACUCCAGAGCAUAAAGCAGUUCUUCAUGUUCUGCUUAAAUGGCUACCACAAAGGCCUUCAACGAGAUAGCUGGCCGAACCUACCAGACACACUGGUUGGUAACAUCGAUUCGAUUUGGAAACCGCACGGCAGUAACACCAUGGACAUGAUCCGGUUGAUGGAUUUCAUCAUAGAAGGUAACACCGGCUGGUAG